AUGGAAAAGUUACACGAAUAUCAAGGCUGGACGGGACGGUUUCAUGGUUUCAAGGAAACGGUACGCGCGAAACGUGAUGCUUGGCGAGAGGAGCACAACAACGUUGGAUUACUACAGUACAUAAAGGACCGCCUCAGAGCACCGAAUCAGCAGGAGCACGAUGCAGGCGGGAUUCCAUGGGACGAGAGAGAUGCAGACUUUUCCCAUAUAUAUCGAAAGAAAACCCGCCGGGAGCUGAUUCGCGUUUCGGCGGCCGUGAUGGGAAUAGAAUUUUCCUACGCUGCCGAAACGGCUUUCGUAUCACCGACGCUGCUGAAGAUAGGAGUCCAGCAUCGGCACAUGACCCUGGUGUGGUGCCUAUCGCCGCUGGUGGGCUUUUUCCUCACACCGGUUCUCGGUUCGCUCAGCGAUCGUUGCCGAAGCUUCUACGGACGACGGAGGCCUUUCAUAUUUUGCCUAUCGAUUGGGGUGCUGCUCGGAUUGCUGCUGGUACCGAAUGGUGAGGAUCUGGGAUACGCUUUUGGGGAUGUGGAACCAGUUUGGAAUGCAACCGCAAAUUUGCUUCCCCAUCGUGUGUCUUCACAGCAGUCGGAGGAUCAAAUUGAGGCUGAUGAUGAUGGUGCGAGACCCAGCCAUCCGUGGGGCAUAUUUUUUACGAUUCUAGGCACAGUAUUACUGGACUUUGAUGCCGAUGCAUGUCAAAGUCCUUCCAGAGCCUAUUUGCUAGAUGUAACACUACCGGAAGAUCACGCACGUGGCCUCUCAACUUUCACCAUUAUGGCAGGUUUGGGCGGAUUUAUGGGUUAUUCGUUGGGAGGCAUCAACUGGGAUGCGACAGCCAUCGGAAGGGCGUUUGGUGGACACGUGCGUGCGGUCUUUUCGUUAAUCACUAUAAUAUUUAUUGUUUGUGUAGUUUGUACGAUCACAAGUUUCAGAGAGAUUCCGCUGGUGGUUUUAGAGGAAAAAAUCGACAAACAAGAUUUGCUCGGUCCCAGCAAACCUGGGCGCGAGGAAGAUCCUCUGGAGAGGACUGAAACUGCAUCGUACGGGGCGGUUGACGAGGAGGAAGUUCAGCAUCAUAGGAAUAUUAAUCCUCGCAGGAAUACGAUAGCAACGUCAACGCUGACCAAGCACGAUUAUGGACUGUUACCGGGGGAAAACUGUGCCGAAACGACAUUCACCGACACCGGCUCCGGCCUGGAAGCCGGAACGGCGGUUGAGUCGGUUGGGAAGGAAAUUAAUAGUGAAACGAUUUCGCUGGAAACCUAUUUGCGAUCAAUUAUUUUUAUGCCCCACUCGCUGCGGAUGGUUUGUUUGACCAAUUUGUUCUGCUGGAUGGCACACGUAUGUUAUUCGCUUUAUUUUACCGAUUUUGUUGGAGAAGCUGUAUUCGAUGGUAAUCCGAAGGCUCGUGAUGGAACGGAUGAGUAUCUACGCUAUGAGGCAGGUGUUCGAUUCGGAUGCUGGGGUAUGGCCAUGUACUCGCUGUCGUGCGCUUGUUAUUCGCUGGUUAUCGAAAAGCUAAUCCAACGGUUCAAAGCUCGUAAAGUUUACGUUGGAGGUUUACUGUUCUACUGCUCGGGAAUGACGCUGAUGGCACUGACCAAGCAUCGAGUGGGAGUCAUAUUGUUCAGCUGGACGGCUGGUGUGAUGUAUUCUACCCUAUUCACCAUGCCUUACCUGCUGAUUGCACACUAUCACUCGGAAGGAAUUUUUGAGCAAAAUUCUGCAGAGGAUACGCAACAACCUGCAUGUGUUAGAGGACUGGGCACCGACGUUGCCAUUGUUAGCAGUAUGGUAUUCCUAGCUCAAUUUGUUUUAUCCAUCUGCAUGGGAACCAUUGUAUCGUGGAGCGGAACAACGACCGCCGUGGUUGGUGUAGCAGCAUUUCUAAGCUUCUGUGGUGCCAUUUCAGCUACUCAAGUAAUGUACCUAGAUUUAUAA